AUGAUCCCUCUUGAGCUAUAAACAGUGAACUCGUGUCCUCACCUACUGGGAAAAGUCAGAGAGAGAUUUCUUGAAGGAAAAGAGCAAUGGACCUGAUUCCAAACUUUUCCAUGGAAGCAUGGACACUUCUGGCUGCCUUCCUGAUGCUCCUCUACCUGUAUGGAACCUCUUCUCAUGGAUUUUUUAAGAAGCUAGGGAUUCCUGGCCCCAAACCUCUGCCUUUUGUUGGGACGAUGCUUAACUAUAGGAGGGGCAUGUGGAAAUACGAUAUAGAAUGCCAUAAAAAGUAUGGAAAUAUGUGGGGGCUAUAUAAUGGGCUGGUCCCUGUGCUGGUUAUCACAGAACCAGAUAUGAUCAAGAAUGUGCUAGUGAAAGCAUUUUAUUCUGUCUUCACAAAUCGACGUCCUUUUGGUCCACCUGGAAUAAUGAAAAAAGGUGUAACACAAUCUGAGAAUGAAGAAUGGAAAAGAAUCAGAUCAUUGCUGACACCAACCUUUAGUAGUGGAAAACUGAAGGAGAUGUUCCACAUCAUCCAAGAAUAUGGAGACUUGCUGGUGAAAAACAUAAGUCAGGAAGUAGAGAAGGGCAAGAAUGUUACAACAAAAGACAUCUUUGGGGCCUACAGUAUGGAUGUGACCACUAGUACCUUAUUUGGAGUGAAAGUGGAUUCUCUCAACAACCCCCAGGAUCCCUUUGUGAAAAACACCAGAAAGCUUUAUAUAUUUGACUCUUUCAAUCCAUUGGCUUUUUCUUCAGCACUCUUUCCAUUCCUUUCCAGGGUAUAUGACAAACUAAACAUUUGUGUGUUUCCAAGUGAUGCUACAUCAUUUUUUAAGAAUUUUAUAGAAAAGACCAAAAAAGAUAGACUUGAAGAUACCCAAGAGCACCGAGUGGAUUUUCUUCAGCUGAUGAUGAACUCCCAGAAUUCCAAAGACACGGAGUCCUAUAAACCUCUUUCUGAUCUGGAGAUCCUGGCCCAAUCAAUCACAUUUAUCUUUGCUGGCUAUGAGACAACAAGCACUGCUCUUUCCUUUAUUGCAUAUUUACUGGCAAUUCACCCCAAUGUUCAGAAGAAACUGCAGCAAGAGAUUGAUGCAGUCCUGCCCAAUAAGGUACCUGCCACUUAUGAAGCUCUGGUUGAGAUGGAAUAUCUAGACAUGGUGGUGAAUGAAACUAUGAGAUUAUAUCCAGUUAUUGGCAGGAUUAACAGAAUCAGUAAGGAAGAUGCUGAAAUCAAUGGUGUGUUCAUUCCCAAAGGGACAGUGGUGGUCAUACCUAUCUUUGUUCUUCACCAAAAUCCAAAAUACUGGCCAGAUCCUGAGGAGUUCCAUCCUGAAAGGUUCAGCAAGGAGAAUAAAGAUAGAAUCAAUCCUUAUACAUACCUGCCUUUUGGAUAUGGUCCUAGACAGUGCAUUGGCAUGAGGUUUGCUCUCAUUAACCUGAAGCUUGCAAUUGUCAAAAUCCUGCAGAACUUUUCCCUGUAUCCUUGUGAAGAAACAGAGGUUCCCUUGAAAUUAAGUAAUAAAAUAAUUCAUACUCCAGAAAAUCCUAUUGUUCUGAAGAUUAUAUCAAGAAACGGGGCCAUAAAUGAAGACUGAUUUUACCUCAAGUUCUGAUGUGUUCUUCAAAAAGUGCAUUCUAAAUACCUGGAUUUUAAUUUAUUCCUGAAGAAAACCUAAAUGAAUGUGACUUUAAUCUAUCACACUUCAUGUCAGAGUCUUCAAUGAUUUUUUAUUGUCUUGAUAAAUUUUCAAUUAUUGUGAAUGGAAUAAAAUUAUUAGCAAUCUUUAUGUUUUCUAAUAUCAAAAUUUGUCCAUAUUUCCAGAGAUAGAACAGUAUGUUUCAUUUCAAUGCUGAUAAAAGAUUUUUCACUGAUUUUGUCAAUAUUGUUUCCAUUAUUGAAUCUUUAAUUUGGCAUUUGUGGCUGAUCAUUCCACUGACAAUUAUUCUUUGCAUUUUGAUGGGUUGUAAGUUUCUGUGUUAACCACUAUCCACUUCACGGAGAAAUUUCUUUGAUUAGAUCUGAGGGCUACAUUAAUCUAUUGAUAAAAGAUGCAAAUUAAAAGGCAGUUGGAUAUUAA